UUCCAAAAAUUGGGUUAGGCGAAAAGGAAAACCAAAAUAUAGACGCAUUUUACAAAUCAAAAGAAAAAAAUACCACCAUUUGACCUCCAAUUUGGGACCUCACAACGGGUCCACCCGACUGGUGUAUGUGACCCAUUUUUCUCACCGAACCAAAAUCAAAACGGAUCAACCAACGAAUCGACCUGCGAUUGCCAACUUUUAAUUCAAAAGCAAAUGGAAUAAGAGGAACAAACAAAAUGAAAAGAAAUAAAUAACUAAUUCAUUGUCUAGAUGGCUUUUACCAAAAAGGUAGUGAUUAAACUAUGGGGGAAAAACAGUGAUUGAAAAGGAAGAUGUGAGGGACGUGGGUAGUGGAACUGUAAAAGAAGGAAUUUAUAGAUUAUAGUUAUUAUCUGUUAAAGAAAAAGAAACGGCAAGAGAGAGGAAGUGACAAAUUAACCCUUCCCAUACAUGCGGUUUGAUCAGCAAAGGCUGACGUGGCAAAUACUUUUUAUUGACAUUGGCUUAUAUGUUUUUGUAGAUGCUACAAUUUACAUAAAUCGUUGUAAACGUUAAAAAAAUUCAUUCUAUAUACUUUUAUUUUUACGUAUCUAAUUGUUUAUUAUUAGUUAUCAAUUACUAACUAUAAAUUACUCUGUGUGAAAUAGCUCUUUUAAUGGCUUCUUCUAAUUAAUUGAUUGGAAUUGAUAAUUUUACGCUUAUUUCAUGUAUUUUAUUUAAAUCGUCAUAAUCAACAAUAACCAAUUAUAGUACAGAUUGUACUAUUUCAUUUACUUCAUUGACACAGUGAUAUGAACGAGUUUGACAACGUUGGUUAAAUUGUUUCACCAAUAUACCAACGUUUAUUAUAAUCUAACGAAAAAUCAUAAUCGCUCGACAAACGUAUAGCCCUUUUAUCAUUUUGUAUUUCCUUAUCAACACUUCCAAACCAACAAAAGAAACCAUAACCUGCCAGUAGGGAUGGCAACAAAACCCGAACCCAUGGGUACCCACCCGACCCAACCUGGUCAACGCGGGUAAAACCCGUGUUGAUGGGUUUUGGGCCUGGUUCGGGUUUAAACUCGCUACACUAUUCACCGGGUCGGGUUGAGUUUGGGUUUAGGUAAACCCGCCUCAUGGGUACCCGCCCACACAUAUAAUUACUUUCCCGGUAUAUUUAAUAUUCUAAAUAAUAUAUCUUCCUUAAAUAACUAAUAUUCUAUAUGUUUGUGGAGACAUGUAUAAUUUGUUCUUUCUAAUUGUUUAGAAUGAAGUUGAUAUUAUGAAGUGGAGAGUGAAGAAACUUAGUUGACGAGGAAGAAGUUUUCAAUUAAUCUUAUUGUUUAUAUAUGAUUAUCUUUAAUUUUGAACAAUUUGUAUUGAUCAUUUGCGGUUUGCUUGUAUGCUCUGGAUUAAUGUUUUUUGUAUGAUUAAUUUGUAUGAGAAAAUUGAUGUUAAACUUGUUAUUGUAAAUUUUUACCACAAAAACCCACGGGUACCCAUGAACCCACAGAUACCCAGCGGGUUGGGUUGGGUUUGAGUUUUUCAAACCCAACAAAUUUUAUCCCGGAUUUUUUUGGCGGAUAAACCCAUGAAUUUGGGUUUGACAAAACCCACCCCAACCCGACCCUUAACUGUCAGGUCAAGGCGCCUAGCCAACUGCCAAUGGAUUUUCUUUUCCUCAAUUUCGGAAUUUUCAUAUGAUUGUAAUUUCCCUUUCCAAAUUCCAGUUGGAAAAGAAAAGGCCAGUUGCCUUUUCUGGUGGAUUCUUUGUUCACUCGAAACAAUUUACCCACACACAACAGAAGAAGAGAAGAAGAAGAAGUUCACACAGAGCCCGCAUCAGCGACAGCUUCAGAUACUUCUUUUCUUCUCCUAUCCUCUCCUCUUCUUUCUCCCCGCAACUUGACCAAAAAAUCUUCGUAUCUACCUAACAAUUGGUGGUUUUCCAUGGUUUCUAACCUCUUCCGCUCCAAUUGAGGAUUCAUGUUCUGAGCUCUAUUUCAUUUUCGUUCUCCGAGGGCUCUUUCCUCUCUGGUAAAUGGCAGAUGCUAUCCUGUUGCCAUCUUUUCGGGUUUCUUCCUCCCUGCUUACCACGGCCUCUGCUUCCACCUUGAAUUCCUCUUCCCAGCCUUCUAUUUCGCCCCUUAGCUCAUGUUCGGACAGGAGGGCUUCACCCUUUCUGUUCGUCUCUUCUGAUGGCGUCUCUCCCUUUGUUCCUGCCCCAAAGAAGCAAUUCCACUCCUUAAAGGUACUAGCUUUUACCUUCCCAAUUGUGGGUUUUGCCUUGUAAUUAGUGGUGCUCUAAUGGGGGGUUUCAGCUGGAGCCAUGGUUAGGAGUGCCCUUUUGUCGGAAUUGAAUUCUUAAGCAUUGGCAUGCCGUGAUUAGGAAUUUUCGAUGCCUGAUAUUCCAGAUUGUGCUUGAAGUUCAGUGUCCGGUAAUUUUCUCUGUGAAACUGUUGACGAACACCGUUUAUAAACUAACUGAAUCACUAAAAAUCAAUGUUGCUCUUAUGUUUUACAUGCAUAGUUUGUAAUGCUCUGCGUACUUACUCGCAAUUACAUAAUGCGCCGUCUUAGCUUUCCUUGGAGUUCUUAAGUCGCUGGUUGUUUUGCUAUGCUUUACUCCCUAUCAUUUUGGAUCAAUCUUUGGAGCUGAUUCAAGCCAUGGACAAUGUCUGACUCUGACUUGUAUUGGCCUUAUGAUAUUUCAAGAUUGCAGACUACACCAUUUAUAUGUAAAUGGUAUACAUAACUCGCAGGACCACUUGCUUGUUAUGUAAUUCCAAGCUUACUAUUGAAGUUAGUUUUUGUGCUUUCUGGUCAUGAGGCUGGACCUUCCUGUAAAAUAUGCUUAAAUAGUCCAGGCAUGUUCGCCUAGGAAAGCCGAUUUCGUUCUACCAUAAAUGGUUCCAAUAAGAUACUGCAUCUUAUCAAAACUUGGACUUUUCAUAGUUGGGAGUUCUGUGAAUUGCGGUCGGUUAGUCAACCAAAUAAUAUAUAUGAAGCAUCUAUGGAAGUUGAUUAGUCAAGGUCAAUUAAUUUGUUCUUGAUUCUCCAUAACCAAUACUCUAUGUAUAUGAUGGAAAUUCGCCUUCUAAUAAGUACGGUUUGCAUGUUGAAUGGAUGCCACUUAUAACGUGACUGACUGCUCUGCUGGAACAUCUUUUGGCUGAAUUUAUAUAUGGGUCUAUUUGGGUGCUGAGAUGAUUUUGUUUUCUGCCUUCAGGUACAUGCAACUAUUGCUGAGACAGACCAGCCAAAAUGGUGGGAGAAAAAUGCUGGGCCAAAUAUGGUUGAUAUUCAUUCUACACCAGAAUUUUUAAGUGCCUUGAGUGAAGCUGGAGAGAGAUUAGUUAUUGUGGAAUUUUAUGGAACAUGGUGUGCUUCUUGCCGAGCAUUGUUUCCCAAGGUAUUUAUAAUGUCUGUUCACAUUGUGUAGCUACAUUUUCUGUCAGGCUUUCUUAGAGUCGUUUCAGACAGCAACACAAACAAAAUUUGUGCUUCUUCUGAUCUGCCAAUUCAAUAUUUGAUAGCUUUUUAAGUGUUCUAAUAGAAGCUUCCAUAGAAUUGUGUGCUAGAAUGCUACACUCAUGAUCUUGGAAUCUAGGUUAGUGCCAAUUUGAGUUGGCAUUGCAAAUGUUCAAUGAUUGCUAAAAGCCAGGAGAGGAAAUUCAUAUCUACAUGAUCUUGUUAUGGUAGACGUGAUGCAUCAUGAGAACACAAAAUCGAAUCAGUUGGCAAAUCAUUUUUGGUUUAGUUUAGGUCUAUGGCGUCUCAAUGUGUGUCGUAAAGCAUUCUAUGACUCUGGAGUUUCCUGGGCAGAACGUCAUAUAUCUUACUGAGCAGUGUUAGCACAUACCCAUGACCUAUACUGAAAGCAAAGAUGAGAUUUAAUUUCAACAAAAGAACCGAUGGAAAUUGUGUAGAUAACCUUUUGCGAGAUGAUCCAAACUAGUUGAGUAGAAAGGAUGAAAGCCAUUUAAGCCCUCUGAUACCUGAUAUGCUUAGGUGAAUUUUUCAAUUUUAAUGCAAAGAGUGACUGUUACUUACAUCUUGUUUAAUUCUUGGUGGUUUCAACAGAAUAAGACAAUAUAUUGGUUUGUUCUUUCUACCUUUUGUGCUUCUUCCUAUGGCAGACCGCAAGUUUGUGACUUGGCAAGUUCAUACCGAGUCUUGUCCUGUCUUAGCUUGCCUAAAAAAUGGUCUCUGAGCUAUAUCUUUAAGCUUUUGCGGUAACUCCCUGUUUUUUCAUAGAAAGUUAUGACAAAGUUGGACAAAAAACAUGGGCGUUCUUUCUUGUAAUGUGGAAUACCUCUUUGUGCUGAGUUUAUCAUGUGAAUGGAUGUGCCAGCUCUGCAAGACCGCCCAAGAACACCCGGAGAUUCUAUUCCUGAAGGUCAAUUUUGAUGAAAACAAGCCAAUGUGUAAAAGCCUGAAUGUUAAGGUGCUUCCUUUCUUCCAUUUCUACCGAGGGUCUGAAGGUCAACUGGAAGCCUUCUCUUGUUCGCUUGCUAAGGUCAGUAUCUUCUUUCCGCACCCUCAACAAAAGAUUAUGCAUAUUUUCACAUGGUGACUGUUGAUUCAAACCCGAAGAAGAAAAUUGAACAAUCUUCUGUGAUCUCUAUCUUGGGAAAACAGUCUAGGGUAGGCACGAUGAUGCAAACGAAGUGUAUAGAAUAAGUGUUUAGUCCAUUAAGAUUGAGUUAGCUUUAUGAUUACGAGUAUCAGAUCAUUGUAGGGAAUCUCAGAAUAGGCUCUCAUGACCAGCCGAAAAAUUCGAACCCCAUUGACCAACUUCAGCUGAACUUUAGUAUAAUCAAGGUUACUGAAUUCACUUGCUACACGCUAACUUAUGCACGAUCCUUCCCUCCGAAACACGGUGACAUUGCAGUUUCAAAAGAUAAAAGACGCAAUCGUGAAGCACAGCACAGAACGUUGCAGCAUUGGUCCACCAAAGGGCGUAGGAGAGCUCACUCUCGAUUCCAUUGCUGCUCCGAAGGACAACCUUCCUUCAUGAACCAGCAUUCUUUCUUCCCUACACGUAUAUUUAUUCUCCAGGAUUUGCGAGCUGGUAUUGACUUGAAAUUAGCCUCCAUUGUUACUUAUCUCCAGGACACAUAUAUAAGUCGAGUGUAUAUGUUUCUUUCCCCCCCUCUGCUGUAACAUUCUCUCUCUGUAAGCUAUGUCUCUUCCUUCAGAAAAUUCUUUCUUUUGCCAUUUUUCUGUCGUGAUGCUUGUAAUUUCAGCAGCUCAAUUGCUAAUGAAAUCCCAUAGACGCAUUGUAUAUUAUUUGAUUUUCGUUUUCAGUUAAGAGGUUGAUGAAUUUGGCUACAAUGCUUACGCCGUUGGAUUGAAUGUCUAGCGUACUAUAAUCGUUGGAUGCUGGUGAUCGAAAUGACUAUCGGAUUAUAUAUUUAACGAUUGUAGAUCACGUAUAAUCCAACGAUGUAAGAACAUGCUUCGGUCAUGGGUUGUAAGGUAUAGUAAUUAUUUUGAUCAUAAAUAAAUAAAUAUUAAAUAUUGAUAGCAGCGACUCUAGCGAAAGUCAAGGACGCCAAUGGAAGUUGGUUGCUUGUGCAAUCUUCUUCUCCUCCCUCCCCUGUCUCGUUUCAUUUUUCCUCGGCUGGACAAAUCAUCAAGUGCAUCAUUUUCUCUCUAUCUCUCCGGUGUGGAGAUCGGGAGAAAUGACGAGAUACGGAACAAUUCCAUCGUCGUCGCAAUCACAGCCGCCGUCGCCGUUUCCUUCGUCGACGAUCCCACCCACCUGGGCUCAAAAUAUCAGACCCACCGUCGAGAACCUCAUCGCCACCGCCAGGCCAUGGAAGCUCAUGAUCCAACCCCAAUCCCUCACACUCCCAGCCACAUUAAACCAAUCCAUCGACAGAAUCAACGCCAACGUUGCCUUCUUCCGUAGCAAUUACGCCAUCCUCGCCGCAUCUGCCCUGUUCCUCUCCUUGCUCUGGCACCCUGUCUCCUUCAUCCUCUGCCUCGCCGUCGCCGCGGCGUGGCUGUUCCUCUACGUCCUCCGGAGCGGCGAGGAACCCUUGGUGGUUAAUGGGCAGGUCGUCGGCCAGAGGACGGUGGUGUCGUGGCUGCUGGUCGGUACAAUUCUGGUGCUUUUGUUUACGGAGGUGGCGGAGGACAUGGUCGUGGGGUUGUUCUCCGGGAUCGCUUUGAUCGUUGCCCAUGGAGCGUUGAGGGAGACCGACGACCUGGUGGCGGCCAUCGGCGGUGGAGUUGUGCAGGAUCCCGAAGCGUUUGGAUCGUCGGCGGUUGCGAUUCCCGGCUCGUACCAAGCCAUCGGCAAUAAGAAUAUUAACAUGUAGCUACAAACAGAUCAUUGCUGGGGAAAUUGUGAAUAUGUUUUUUCUACGAUUAAAGCUUGUUUAAGACGUGUAAUUUGGCUGAAUAUCUAUAUGGCAUGUAAUUUGUCCAUACAAUCUUACUCUGACACACUGCUUCCUCUAAUGAUCAUCCUCUUAAUCGGACGCCGGUGGCUGCUGCAGCCGAUGUUUGUAACGACUGGGUCGGAGGCUCCGGCGGCCGUCGCCAUAACAGAGUGUCUGUGGGUGACCUCCCUAAGUUUGGCAAAAGAUGGGGCUACACCAGCUUCAGGUUGAAUCAGUUUCGGACCCAUGAAUUUUUCAUAGGGGUGUCCUUAUUUAAAAAAUAAAUAUAAAAUAAUUAAUAAAAAUAAAAUGUAAAU